GGGGCACUGCAAGCUGCGGCGGCGGCGGCGGCGGCGGUGGGCUGGCUGGACAGCGCGGGCAUUUCGACCGCGGAACCAGAGCCACACUGCGGCAGCAAGCAGCAAGCGGCGGGGUGGACGUGACCAGACGAGACGGGGCAGCUCAGUUCACAGGAUGUGGCCAGCAGUGACAACAUCAGUGACUGUUCCCAAUCUCUAGUUAUCCUUCAAUUGGAGUCUGGAGUCACGUAUAUCAGAAGACCAGCUCUUCAGGACGUGGGAUAUCUAUUAAGAAAGAGAAUCUCAUGAGAUUUGCAGUUGUUUCCAUCUGCUGGGUUGGAGAAACGUGGUGAUGUCAGCGGCAGAAAGGAGCUGCGGGCGCGAGGGCAUGGAGACGGACAUCGCUGGAGAUCCUCAGCAGGAAGACCUGGCUCUGCAAGUGGCUGCCGUGCAGGUCUCCGAGGAAUCUGCUUCCGCCAACAUGGACAGUGGCAAGCAGCCCUCGGAAGUCAAGGAUCUGGGCCGAGCAAAGGAGGGAGAAGAUGCUCAAACAAACGGAGUGGGUCACCCCGCGGAGGACUCUGCCAGCACCCACGGGAGCGCGUGCAGCGUGGCAAAGAAAGGAGGCCCGAGGCCCAAGCUCUCCAACAGGAAGCUAUCACUGCAAGAACGUUCCUCCGGAAACAGCCUCUCUGCCCGUGGGGACCUACCCAGCUUUGGUCCCUAUGCAACAGGGCCACCGUCGUCAGGCAGGCGACCAACGUCUGAUUCCAGCCGGGUCAAUAUGGGUGACUCCCAGGACUCUAUGCGUUUGAACCAAUACCAGCUGAAGACUGAAAUUGGAAAGGGAUCCUAUGGCGUGGUGAAGUUGGCGUACAAUGAAAAUGACGACAAGCAUUACGCCAUGAAGGUACUUUCCAAAAAGAGGCUGAUGAAACAGCAAGGAUUUCCACGUCGCCCCCCUCCUCGGGGAUCAAAGCCCCCAUCUGGAGAGCAGCCCAAGGCUCCAGCACCCCUGGAGCGGGUCUACCAGGAGAUAGCCAUACUGAAGAAACUUGACCAUCCCAACAUAGUGAAACUAAUGGAGGUUCUGGAUGACCCCACUGAAGAUAAUCUACACAUGGUAUUCGAGCUGAUGAGCAAAGGCCCUGUGAUGGAGGUGCCGACCGACAAUCCAUUCUCGGAGAAACAGGCUCAUUUCUACUUCAGAGAUAUCAUCUUGGGCAUUGAAUAUUUACACUACCAGAAGAUCAUCCACCGAGAUAUCAAACCCUCAAACCUGCUGCUGGGGGAUAACGGUCACAUUAAGAUUGCCGACUUCGGAGUGAGUAACCAGUUUGAAGGGAACGAUGCCUUGUUGUCCAGCACGGCGGGGACCCCAGCGUUCAUGGCUCCGGAGAUGCUGUCUGAAGCCCGGAAGAGCUUUCACGGGAAGGCUCUGGAUGUCUGGGCUAUUGGAGUGACCUUGUACUGCCUGGUCUAUGGCAAGUGUCCGUUUAUGGAUGACUUCAUCCUAACACUUCAUACCAAGAUCAGAAACCGGCCUGUUGAGUUCCCAGAACGACCAGAACUCAGUGAGGAACUGAAGAACCUGCUCCUCCAGAUGUUGGAUAAAAACCCUGACACGAGGACUACAAUUCCUCAGAUAAAGGAUCAUCCGUGGGUGACGAGGAAUGGGACGGAGCCUCUCCCACUGGAGGAGGAGCAUUGCAUUGAGGUGGAGGUCACUGAGGAGGAGGUGAUGAACUCUGUCAAGUUGAUCUCCAGCCUCUCCACUGUGAUCCUGGUGAAGUCCAUGCUCAGGAAGCGAUCCUUUGGAAACCCUUUUGAGUUCCCGAGCAGGAAAGAGGGAAGGUCCAUGUCGGCACCGGGAAACCUCCUCAUGGACAAGAGUUUAUUUCAGUAUUCCUCAAAAAGGCACCCUUCAUUAAGGAAGCAGGCGAGCGGGGAUGGAGGCAAGGGAAGCGAGCUGCCGGACGUGUGGGAGGAUGAAGCCAACUCCUGAGCUGCCCCCGAUCCCGUGCAUGCUGCCUGCGUGAGGUCCGUCGCUGCCUGCGGUCCGUCGCACACUCCUGUCAGACCCGUCUUCGCUCCUCAUCCCACGCGGCCAUCAUGGACUAGAGGUGUGUGUCCGCCGCCAAGUGUGAACACAGCGGGUGGGCGGGGCAGGCACUGAAGCGACCUCUGACCCCUGACCCCCCACCCCACUCGAGCAGCCUCGCUGGACGAGGGGACAGCCCGCGGGCGGUGGAGUGGAGGAGGUCGUGUGCGUCCAGCGCAGGUCCAGGCCGAGCCCCUUUCUUCUCCCCCUCUAUUGACUGCUUGGACCCCCAGCGCAAGACCACCUCACCUGCACGGCUCCCCAGGGAGGGGGUGAGCCCGUUCCCUCAGAGCAGCUGCAGUCUGAAGAAGGAUCCCCACCCGAACCGUCAUCUGUCGACUCCCUCCACAGAGGCUGCCUGACCCGCUGGGUUCCUCCACCACUCUGUGCUUUGCUCCAGAUUCUAGCACCUGCGGUUCCUGGUGUCUCCACUGGUUUCGGGAGCUGGCUGACUGAUAUUGGGUGGGGAGGGUUGGUGGUGGAGGUGGUGGGGGUUACAGUGGACGGGGAUGUUGAGGUCAGGCAACCAGGUACCUGCGGAUAGAUACCAAACUGUUAUUGCUCUUCAGUGAGCAGAACUCUGCAUCGAGUGGUGACGCUCUGGGUCAACAGACCCAGCACCUGUUUGAUUUUGCUUCAAUUCUAUUGAUAUGCCUUUUAUCAAAUUGUUCAGCCGAUGAAUGUAAUGGAUAAGUUAGCAACCUAAAUGACUUGGAUGAUUCACAGCUUGGUUUGAAUCUUGCCGAUGGGAUCAGGUUACAGCCCCAGUUGUGGGUCGAAGGGGGAGAUAAAUCUCUACAGCCUCACUGGGGAUGGGCACAGGACAUAAAACCACUGUGCAGCACAGGAAUAGACCCGACGGCCCACAGAGUCUGUGCCGAAUACGAUGCCAAGAUGUACUGAUCUUCUCUGCCUGCAUGUGAAUCAAUUCCCUCCAUUCCCUGCAUAUACACCCUUGCAUCCCCUGAAACACCGCUAUUGUAUCUGCCUCCACCACCACCACUGACAGUGCGUUCCAGGCACCCACCACUCUAUGAUUAAAGCUAUGGCCUCUAGUAUGGUGAUAAAGAAUAGACUGCCUACCACCUCUAUGCUUUUCAUAAUUUUAUAUACAACUCUGAGCCGAGGAUGACCCGUCCAGUCCCAGUUUGGAAGCUGUGAGGAGAGGCCCUGCAGCACUGGAAUCAGCCUGUGUGUGUCCACGGCAAGCAGACAGGCAGGAGGCGCGACUAUAACACUUCAUCUCACCGGGCCAAACCCGUAUCCAGCCACCUACCUGCCCAGCAAGCCACGUGCUGCCCUCCUCCCCUCCCCCCCACCUCCCCCCCCAGUGUUCUGAGGGGUGGGCUUGUGCUCCACUCCCAAGGCUUGGGAUGGAGGAGGUAAGAGCCACCACCGGCCUCUGGGUCAGCGGCACCGUCCCUCCAAGACCUGUCUGACCCCCUGGCCCAGUGAUGAAGGGUCUCGACCCGAAACGUCACCUAUUCCUUUUCUCCAGAGAUGCUCCCUGGCCCGCUGAGUUGCUGCAGCAGUUUGUGUCCCAGACCCUGGCAGACGCCCUGUGAAAGUUCCAGGAAUCCAGCGGCAGAGGACAAGGAUUCAAAGGAUGGGCUGUGGUGGGCAGCCGGGCUGUUUGCCUGCAACAUCCACGGUGAAUGGUGAGGCUGGACCCCAUCACUGGCACUGGCGAACCCCCAUGUUCCAGGGGGGUCUGUCUAGGGGUCGGAUGUGAGUGGAUCCCAGCACUGAGCGUAUGGUCUCAGUUCACCCCCUCACUUUCUCAGGACCGCACUUGCUGGCAGUAACAGGCAGACAGAAUGCAGAAAUCGAGGUGACUUAACAAGUCUGCACAGUCACUCUCGUGUCCCCAUCAUGAAUGCUACGUGCAUUCUAGAUUGCAUUGUCCCACGGA